AUGAGUAAAGAGAAGGCACUAUGGACUACCGAAGAGACCAAAUUGUUUAUUAAAUUAGCUCUCCAGCAAGUUAAGAAAAAUGAGCGUAAAGGCUCUACCUUAUCAAAGGAGGGUUGGGAGGCACUAAUGCAACAGUUCAAUGCUUUGAGUUCAAGAAAUAUACUAGACUCAGUUCUUGUAAAUGUGCAGGAGAAUCCUGAGUAUAGGAAAUUCAGGCAUAGAUCACUUCCAUAUGCACAAGAAUUGACACAGUUGUUCCAGCCAAUUGCAACACAGGGUACUUACAUGUGGACACCUACGACUGAUGAUCCACAAGAUGUGUACAGGCCUCAAUUGGAUUUGAUCGAAGGAUCAGGAGACAGUGAUGAUAUAAGAAACAUUAAUGGAGGAGCUUUCCCAAAAAUUGGGCAGGUUAACUUAAAUAAUGCAUACAGUAGUGGUACUAAUUCAGGGAGUAAGCGAAAGAGAGGUGAAAGUGGUCAAAACAAAAAGGGAAAGCGUCUUGCAAUGGUGAUAGUUGAUUCAGUGUCGAUUGGUGUCCACACAAGAGGAUAG